AUGGUCACUCCACAGUGCAGUGCCGGAGACUUUCGAUGUGUCAAAAGUAAAGAAUGUAUUCCACGGAGUUUUUUUUGUGAUGGAAAAGCUGACUGCAGUGAUGAAAGUGACGAAGAAAAUUAUAACAGCGAAAAGAUUUUAAGCUUAAAUAUUUUCAAAGAGGAGUCCUCAUUUUCAGGAAACUAUUUCACGAUACAUAACAAUGGCUUGAAGUAUAUUGAUAAUUUUGGAUUCUUCUACAGAGACGUUAAACUUGUAGACCUUUCCUACAAUGAUAUCGAAGUUAUAAGGAGUAAGGAUUUCAAAAGGUCGUAUUAUUUGCAGGAGAUCCGUUUACAGAGUAAUCGUGUACGGAAUAUUGAAGACAACGCAUUAAAGGAUCAGAUAUCACUCUGUCUACUUGAUCUUUCUAAUAACUCAUUAUCCUAUGUCAACCAGCACAUGUUUAGAUCAUUAACACGUCUUAAUUAUUUGUUUUUAAAUUCUAACAAGAUAUCAUUUAUUCAUAAAAAAGCCUUUUUCAAUUUAAAAAAACUCUAUACUUUGGAUUUAUCCAACAAUGACAUUACCCAUUUCGGUGAUGAACUAUUUUUAAACUUGGAAAAUUUAGAGAACCUAUUUAUACAAAACAAUGAUAUUAUUUCUGUGAAGGAUAUGUUUCUUGGAUUGUUUAAUCUUAAAUUACUUAAGGUCGAUGUUUUUUCUAUUUGUUGUGCAAAACCACGUAGUGUCUUUGAGGUUCAAUGUGUGGCACCUAGAAAUGAAAUAUCGUCUUGUGAAAAUUUAAUCAGCGUACCUAUCCUAAAUAUCGUUCUUUGGUACAUAGCACUGUUUGCAACAUUUGGUAACAUCAUAGCUUUUCUUUACAGCAUAACGAAGUUCAAAAAAAGAUUUUCCUUUGCAUACUUUGUUUUUUGUAGAAACUUGAAUAUUGCUGAUUUGUUAAUGGGUAUUUAUUUAUACAUUAUAGCUACAGUGAACUUGAUUUAUACCGGUAGCUAUGGAUUUCAGGAUCACGAAUGGCGUCAUAGCUUUCUUUGUACUUUCGCAGGGAUAAUAGCAACAGUUUCAAGUGAGGCAUCGGCACUUUUUGUCUCGUUAAUAACGAUUGACAGAGUUGUAGCUAUAAGGCAUCCUUUACAUCAAAGAAAUAUGGCUUGGAUUGUUGCAUCAUCAUUUCUAUCGUGGUCUACGGCAAUUUUUGUGUCUGUUUUACCCAUUAUGCCAUUUCAGUUGUCUAUGUUUAAGGACUUCUAUGCUCAAUCUCCUAUCUGCAUAUCUUUACCAUUAUCUGUAUAUAGACAAAACGGCUGGCAAUAUGCUAUGAUCAUAUUUAUUGGAUUUAAUUUCUUUAUAUUUUCGGUCAUAACUGUUGGUCAGUUUGUUAUUCUGUUUGAGGCUGUCAAAUCCGGUAGAAAUAGUAAUGCAUCAAACAUGCGUCGAAGAGAGAUAUCUUUGGCCAAGACUGUUGUUGCAGUGGUUUUGACUGAUCUGUUCUGCUGGAUACCUAUCGGAAUUAUUGGAAUGCUGACUUUUUAUGGAAUAGACAUAUCAAGUGAAGUUUACGCUUGGAUUGUAGUGCUAGUUUUACCUAUAAAUUCUGCAUUAAACCCAAUAUUGUAUACAUUAUCGGCCAUUUUAAGAGACCGAGGGCGAAGAAUGAGGAUACACAUUUCUCCAAGGUACAUGAUCUAA